UUAGCUUAAGCGUGUUACGGACGCUUACGAACGCUUACCACUUUGGCGGUGGUGCUCUCAGGUGCUGUCGGUGUCUGACCAGUUCGAACUCUGAUUACUCCAUGGCGGAGAGUUCUAACGAUCUUUAGAUGACCGCUAUCUUCCAGCCUUAUAAAGACAUCCCUGGUCCCAGUCUUGUGGACAGCCGUAAAAAAGCCUUCUGAAUAUCCGACACUCCAAGAAUGCUGUUGACCAUGCCGCACCUCUUGAUAUCCUCUACGUUUUUGUUACUAACGUCCAUCUCCAUUCGUGUCUGGAAGCAACGGAGGCUCUGGAGGGGUUUGCCACUCCCUCCAGGACCAAAGCGUCUGCCGAUCCUUGGGAAUGUGUUUGACCUCAAUGUUUACGAGCCUUGGUUGACAUAUACCAACUGGGCGAAGAAAUACGGCGAUAUUGUCUAUUCAACUAUCCUAGGGCACGAGUUUGUCAUUAUCAAUACCGAAAAGCUUGCGCACACUCUUCUGGAACAACGUUCUGGAGUGUAUUCCGACAGACCAUAUGUCUUUACGAAUAUGUUUUUUGGGUUAGAUUUUAACACCGGGUUGCUACCGUAUGGGGACCGGUGGCGGCAACACCGCAAGAUGCUUCACGUAGGAUUCAACAAGGAAGCUUGUCGCAAAUACCAGUCUAUGCAGCUUCAGAAAGUUCGCCAACUCCUGGAGAAUUUUACCGUUUCCCCAACUCAAUUCCCUAUGCAUUUAAAGACGUUAGCAGUGGCAACCAUCAUGACUGUCACAUAUGGUUACGAUGUCGCGCCAGCAGAGGAUCCAUUUGUGACCAAGAUCGUUCGUAUAAUUGAUUUGUUUAUUCAGGACAUUGGAACAGAGCGCGCCGCACUGGUCGAAUUGAUACCAUUUUUACAAUAUAUUCCGAUGUGGCUUCCUGGUGGGAUGUACAAGCGCCGGGCUGUAGAGUCCCGCGGUCUCGCUCGCGACAUCCUUAACGAUCCUGUAGAGUAUGUGAAAGCUGAAAUGGCCGGUGGAACCACACAACAAUCCCUCGUUAAGGACCUUCUGAAUAAAUAUACGACCAAGGAUGGUGUAGUCACCGCUGAAGACGAAGAGACAAUCAAAGCAGUUGCCGCAACUGUAUCAUUUAGUGGAGCAGAAACUACCGACUCUGUUUUGAGUGUGUUUCUGCUUGCUAUGGUCCUUCAUCCAGGGGUCCAGAUCAAGGCGCAAGAAGAGAUCGAUAGGGUGAUUGGGGACAGUCGCCUCCCUGAUUUUAGUGAUCGAGAAGGGCUUCCCUAUGUCGAAGCAGUCUAUCUCGAGACUCUACGGUGGCGACCGACAGUUCCGUGCUCUCUUCCUCAUCUGACGAGUACAAGCGAUGUCUACGAUGGCUACUAUAUCCCAAAGGGCGCCAUCCUUCUUGUGAACGUUUGGGGAAUGACACAUGAUGAGUCACGCUUCCCGGAUUCGAUGAGUUUCAAACCGGAACGACAUAUGUUACCUACCGGAGAACUCAUCCAAGGUACUGCACCCCUGUCCUUCGGUUUUGGACGACGAAAAUGUCCCGAACAGUAUAUUGCAGAUCAAAGCAUUUGGGCCUCCAUUGUCCCCAUUUUAGCGACGUUCCGCAUUGGAAAAGGGAAGGACUCGACCGGGUGUGACAUCGAUGUGAAUCCCGAGUUUACGGUGGGGUUUGCAGUCCGACCGAAACCUUUCGUAUGCGCUAUUGAGCCUCGCUCUGCAAACGCAGAAAGAUUGAUUUACGCGAGUAACAGGGCUUGCGAGUGUUGGGUAGUGUAA